AGCGGGCAUGGAGGGGCUCCGUCGGCCCGUCGUGUUCUCUUGACAUGGCUCCCGCCCGCGCCACGAGCAGCGCCCCCGCCGCCGCCGCCGCCUCCUCCUCCGCAGCCGCCGCUCCGCCCGCAGGCUGCGGCUAGACGGCCCACCGACGGUCGGCCUGCGAGUCCCGCUCUCCUCUCCGCGGGGACCCCGCCCUGCCGCCUAGAUCCCGGCCUCUCUGUCCCCUUGGGAAACCACCCAGCCGCCCCCACUCGGGAAACAUGGGCUGUUGAACGGGAAAAGCGAAUCCAGAACCCGGGAACUUCAUUCCUUCCUUUUUUGGGGGUGGGAGGGUGGGCUUCCUUUUAAGAAGUAAUUACUAUUAACACGAUUAUUUUCUUCUUUUCCCCCCCUCCCAACUGAUCCUUCCCACUUAACUCUCUUCCCGCCUCCUCUAUCCGGGCGGGAAUUGUUUCCACGUUGAAAUGAGUGAGAACCCGAGUGGUCCAGUGUCUCCCGUGGUGCGAGUGAGUCGCUGCCGCUGAAGGCCAGGGGUUGUGGGUGGGACCUGGGGGUCGAAGGCAGGUGAUCCCCGGGCCCGGCCUGGGACGUGGGAGAACCCGCCACUUUAGCCUCAGCCAUGCUCACACGAAGAUAAUCGAACUCCCUACCAUCCCGAACUUGAACGGGGUCAAAUUUAUACGGAGGGCUCCCCGGGGAAUGUAGAACCCACCACAGGGCUAAGGGUGCUUGGAUCCCGGGCAUUAAUCAGGGCUAAUCACAGAGCCGGAAUAACUAUUAAUACCGUUUAAUAGACCCCCCCUUUCCCUCUGCCAUCAUGGUUCUCCUUGGCAGCAGCGUUCGCAGCCGCCUGAGGGUGAAAACGUGGGUGAUGGGGAAGUUGGUAAUGACUCCGCUGUUUUUUCUCAUGACUCCUUUGGGCAACAGCUGUCCACCCCCGGUAUACACUGUAGUUGAUUGCAGGGAAACCCUGUACCUCUCCCCUUCUUUCUCUGCUGAUUUUGCACUUUUCUCUUUGCUCACCACCAAGUGUAAUCAAUAGCAAAGCACUGACAGUUCAUAGCAGUAGUGAAAUCUGAAAUAACUAAGAAUUAAUCAGGUACUACAGCCAUGGAUCUGGCUGGGUAAAAUCCAACUGGGGAUUUCAGUUUCAUUCACCUACCCUGUUUUGGUGGUUUUCAGUUUUUGGGUUUUUUGUUUUGUUUUUGUUUUUUGGAGGGGGGGUAUUUUUUUUCCCUGUAUUUGGGAAGCAACAUCACAAUUUCCCUCCCUUUUCUCAAUUUCUUAAUCCCUUUUCUGAAAAGGGGGAAUAUCCGAAUGGGUUUCACGGAUUGGACUGGUGUCAGCUGUGUUUUACUGCACACCUAAAUCCUGAUGAUCGGUUUUUCAUUUUCCCCUCAAUGGCUUUUAUUUUGGCAGUUUAGCCACAUGUGUUUUCCAGAAAGUUAGUUCCAAGUUUUUUUCUCCUCUUUCUUUCCUUCCCCUUCCCCUUUCCCAUCUAACCCCCAAACGUUAUUGUCCAAACAUGACUGGACAGCAACUUUUGUUUCUUGACCCUGUGGUAUGACAGUCUGCUAAUAUUGUUAGAAGGUGCAGUUUGGGGGUUACAGUUGUGAUUUAGCUAUUCAAUCAUAUUAGCAGGAAAAAAAAAAUGACUUGUUUCUGUUGUACUUGAGUCUUAAGAAAAAGUGCCCAUAGUUUAGUGACAAUUUCCAAAGGCUUUAGUACCACCUGUAUUUCAAAAUGGGGGACCCAAACUCCCGGAAGAAACAAGCUCUGAACAGACUACGUGCUCAGCUUAGAAAGAAAAAAGAAUCUCUAGCUGACCAGUUUGACUUCAAGAUGUAUAUUGCCUUUGUGUUCAAGGAGAAGAAGAAAAAGUCAGCACUUUUUGAAGUGUCUGAGGUUAUACCAGUCAUGACAAAUAAUUACGAAGAAAAUAUUCUGAAAGGUGUGCGAGAUUCCAGCUAUUCCUUGGAAAGUUCGCUAGAGCUUCUACAGAAGGAUGUGGUACAGCUCCAUGCCCCUCGGUACCAGUCUAUGAGAAGGGAUGUAAUCGGCUGUACUCAGGAGAUGGAUUUCAUUCUUUGGCCUCGGAAUGAUAUUGAGAAAAUUGUUUGUCUCCUGUUUUCUAGGUGGAAGGAAUCUGAUGAACCUUUUAGGCCUGUUCAGGCCAAAUUUGAAUUUCAUCACGGUGACUAUGAGAAACAGUUUCUGCAUGUACUGAGCCGCAAGGACAAGACAGGAAUUGUUGUCAACAAUCCUAACCAGUCAGUGUUUCUCUUCAUUGACAGACAGCAUUUGCAGACUCCAAAAAACAAAGCCACCAUCUUCAAGUUAUGCAGCAUCUGCCUCUACCUGCCACAGGAACAGCUCACCCACUGGGCAGUUGGCACCAUAGAGGAUCACCUCCGUCCUUACAUGCCAGAGUAAAUAAGAGCAUUGACCAGCAAAAUGGAGAAGACCAGAGAAUGCAGCAGCUAUUUUCUUUUCUUGUUUUCUUACCACUUUUCUUUCAGAGUUUAAAGAAAAUGGACUCAUGCACAGAACACUAUGCAUUUUGAAACUUGUUCAUCCUGGAUUUAUUUUAAUCAUUUGUAUCACAGAACUUUAAAAAAAAUUAGAUGUCUUCUGCACGGACUGUGUGAAAGAAGGUGCAUUGCAGAUUGCUGCACUGCAUCGGCAUCUUACUAAAAUGUGAAGGAAGGACUAUUGUACACUGAAAUGCUUACUGUAUCUGAAAGCACAGGUGAUGCUCAGUGUUGUGGUCUUCAUGUUUGUGCUGGUGUUUGCCUCUGACAUCUGUCAUCAGUAUUGAGGGUGAGAGUGAAUGUAACAGGUAUAAAUAACACUUAAAAACUUAAUAGCUUUGCUAUAAUCACCGUUGUUCCAGAGCACUGUCAGAUUCAUUAUAAUGACCAGAUGGUUGUUACAAAAAGAAAUUACAACCAUGGGAAAGAAAUCUUAAUGGAAAAAAAAGCAUCUCAUUGAGGCAUUUCUGCCUCGUGUGCACUGGGCCAUGUUUGUUUUCUUGGUACUCAUUAGUACACGUGUUUUUUCCCAGAUCUCUUUCCCCGGGUUGCUGUUAUAGAGUACUCUGCUGCGUGCAGAUGCAUUUAUACACAUCAAAGCAGAUCUGGAGUCUGGUGUGGCUAACGCAGCUACAAAACCGAGAAACAUUCAUAGCUGCAAAAACCAUCAUAAGUAGAGGACUUUUGGUUUUUGUUUUGUUUUUUUGGUGUUAGAAAUUUUAAUUACAAAUAAAAAAUCCAGUGAAUUUUGCAGCAAUACUGGUUUCUACACCAUCCUAAAGAAGUUGAGUGUUUGGGAUAGAAAACGAAAGUGGGGAAUCUCACAUUGUAAAAAUAACUGCAGAGUGAAGAGUUCUGAAAGCAGAACUUGUUUGUGCAAUGAACAUAAGGAAAGACUACUGUAUAGCUUUUACUUUUGUUGUUUUUGUUUUCUUUUAAAUGAAGAAAAGCUUUGCUUAAGGGUUGCAUACUUUUAUUGGAGUAAAUCGGAAUGAUUCUACUCUUUUGGAGUAAAACUAGUGCUUACUGGUUUCCAUUUGUAUUUAGCUUCUGGUUGGAAUUUGAAAAAAAAAAAAAGGGAAAGAAACCUAAAUAAAAUAGGUGAAAGCUUCCCGGCUAUUCAGAUGGAUGUAUAAAAAUAGCA